AUGAAGAACUUCUUUCGCACUUCUAUCGUUAUAACCCGAAUCGAUUUGGUGCUCUUGCGCCCAGGUUAUUAUGGCACGGUCGGUUCCGGCUGGUUAGAUGAACAACUUCGCGGUGAACAAUUCGACAGUUUUUGGAACCAUGUUCGAUCUGUGCAUUCAUUGAAAUACAAUGAGAUUAUUUUAUCUUGUCGUGUACAAAUACCCGUCGAUUCAAUGAAUACAAAAUUCAAGCAAAUGACUCAAUUAAUUGCAUCAACAAGUGGAAAGCUACACGAUCUCGUCAUGUCAUUUGCUCUGAACAACACGAAUGGUGCUGAAUUUCUUAAAGAAUUCAAGACAGCAUUGAAGGAAUUGGACAAUCAAGUCACCGUUCUGGCCCAACCAAUCAAUCCCAACACCACUGCAGAUUCUUCCUCGAUGUCGAAAUUCAUGUGA